UUCGGCGACUGAUAAAAAAUAAAAAAAAUAUAUAACACAUAAAUGGAAAAUCUGUGAGCAGGUGGUGGGGGAGGGAAAAUCAACGAAAAUCUGACACACCUCUCUGCAGUGUUUACCAGCAACUUGUGAAUGAGGUCUCCAGAGUGAAGUUUAACGUUGUAAAAGCUGUUUCGUAUGUAAUUAUCCAACUAUUUCUAGCCCAGUGAGAAGAAAUUCAAGAAAGUGGCGAGGUUCGAGGGAAAAUUUUUUUCUGCCGUCAAUAAUUUUUUUUCUAGUUCACCCUUGGUGAACCAAAUUAAGGACUUAGUUACUAAACAAGUAAGUUCAUCAGAUACCGAAAUGUCACAGAAAGAAAGUGAAUCUGUGGAUGCUACAUCACCUCCUCCAAUGCUAAUUGAAACCACUGAGAAAUCUGAUGGAGUCCCUUCCAGAUCACCAUCUGAUGAACUUAGUAAACUAAGACCAGAGGACCGCUCAAGAAAUCAGAGCUUUUCUAUCAGAAAUAUGCAGGUGUCCAGAAGCCAAAUGAAGGAAUACAGAGAAGCCUUUAGACUGUUCGACAAAGACGGUGAUGGCAGUAUAACAAAAGAAGAAUUAGGCAAGGUGAUGAGGUCGUUAGGACAAUUCGCUCGCACUGAAGAGCUUAAACAAAUGCUUCAAGAAAUAGAUAUCGACGGUGAUGGUAAUGUUAGUUUUGAAGAAUUCGUAGAUAUAGCUUGGUCAGCAAGCUCAGGGCGUGAUCCCGAUCACACUAUGUCUUUGGAGGAAGAAGAAAAAGAGCUAAGAGAUGCCUUCCGUGUAUUUGAUAAACACAACAGAGGAUAUAUUGUCUCGUCAGAUCUCCGAGCCGUUUUGCAUUGUCUAGGAGAAGACUUGUCUGAUGAAGAAAUUGAAGAAAUGAUUAAAGAAGUUGAUGUAGAUGGAGACGGACGAAUAGACUUUUAUGAAUUCGUUAACGCUUUGGGUGAACCAGGCAAUGAGGAUAGCUACGAUGAUGACGACGACGAUUACUUAUCAUUUUAUAACUAGAGAACAUUAAGAUAUAUGGUUUUUAUGUACCUGUGUUUCCAGAGAACUUCAUCCAUAAUCAAAUAAGCUGCCUAAUAAAUAAUUAACCUAAUUAUAAAGUUUAAAUAUACCUAUGCCUGCUACUAAAACCCAUUGUUUCUAUCACUAAAGAUAUAUAAAUCUAUCGACAUGUACGAAUAUAAUUAAAAUUUAUCUGCUAG